UACUUGAAGGACCAGUUGAUAGAUCAUCAUUCUCGCAGUGUCACACCAUUGAAGACAACAGAUUUUGAUUGGGUCAUUACUGUACCUGCUAUAUGGGAUGCACGAGGAAAAAGAAUGAUGAGAGAAGCUGCUUAUAUGGCUGGUUUGCUAACAGAAUCUGGUGGUAUCAGUGAGUUUACUCCUAUAUCAAGCAGCCCUUUACAAGUACCAGAUGAAGUUAAUCCUGAAAAGCUUUCACUAGCAUUAGAGCCUGAAGCAGCAGCUCUUUAUAGCCAGGAAACAGUAGCAGAGCAGAUCAAACGCCAACCAUUAGCAGCAGCUAUCACUCAUCCUACAGAGUAUAUGGUGAUUGAUGCUGGAGGCGGUACAAUAGAUAUUACUGCUCAUGUUGAAGUAGAUGGAGGUAUUGUAGUCCAGAAUGUACCUAGUGGCAAUGCAUGGGGUGGUACACAAGUAAAUGAAGAGUUCUCUAAACUACUUCAAGAAAUUGUUGGUGAUCCUGGCUUUAAAAAAUUUAUUGCAUCAGGAGAUAGCACCAAAAAUCAGGCAGCAUUGAUUAAAAUAUUGUAUGAUGAAUUUGAAGAGCAAAAGAUAUUUUUUGGUUAUGGGAAAACAGAAGAAAUGGCAAUAGAAAUUCCAAAGAAAACAGAAGAAAUGGCAAUAGAAAUUCCAAAGAAAACAGAAGAAAAGGCAAUAGAAAUUCCAAAGAAAACAGAAGAAAUUGGAAUAGAAAUUCCAAAAAUCUUUGUCAAAUAUUAUGAAAAGGCUCUUGUUGAAGGAGUAAAAAAGAUGAAUGGUGUAGAUUACGAUGAAGACAUCAAUGACACACUUUAUAUAGAUAAAAGUGUCAUAGAGUCUAAGCUGUUUGGUCCAGUGAUCCAAGGCAUUAUCAGUUGUACAUUGUCAGCUAUUGAAAAAAUCGACAAUUGCCCCAGUACAUUUUACCUUGUUGGUGCCUUUGGAGGAUGCAAAUAUGUCCAUGAACAG